AUUUCCCACACUCUGCGUUCGCAAGGAUGGCUGUUCAAUACUUCAUUCUUCUGGCUGCUCUCAGCAACCUGGGCUCUGUUCUCGCAGCACCAUCUGGGGCGAGGAUUAGAGAUGCCGUGCCCAAUUAUCCUGUGUACCCGGACACCACGCCAUACUGUUCGUGGUGGUGGGACAAUGAUGGCUCCAUCUCCUGCGAGGAGAUGCCAGAUGCCUGGGGCUUCACCUGGGACGACUUUGUGCGAUGGAACCCGUCUCUAGCUGCUGGCUGUAGCGCAUACAAGACAUCCAUGUCUUUUUGCGUGGAAGCUAGAGGCGAGCCUCCGGUGUCCACUACGGCCAAGCCUACUACCUCUACCUCCACCGGGACUCCCAGCACGAGAAGUUCCAGCACCAGCUCGUCGAGCAGCAGCAGUACCGUGAGGACGACAACCAGCACCGCUACAACUAGCACCUCGACUUCAACCUCGACCUCGACCACUCCUACCUCGACAAAGCCAACUAACGGCAUCGAGACGCCGAGCCCUACCCAACCCGGUAUGGUAGACAACUGCGACGCCUUCUACAAGGUGGUCACAGGGGACUCGUGCGACAGCAUCGCCGCCAAGAACGGCAUCUCGGUUGAGCAAUUCCGCUCAUGGAACACCAACAUUGGCGGCACGGCGUGCAACGGCCUCUGGGCCGACGCCUAUGUCUGCGUGUCGGUCAUCGGCCACACACCAACGCCCACUAACCCGGGUAACGGUAUUGCCACGCCCUCGCCCACACAGCCUGGCAUGGUUUCAAACUGCGAUGCCUUCUACAAGGUUGUUACGGGUGAUAGCUGUGACAGCAUUGCCGCCAAGAACGGCAUCACUGCCGCCCAGCUCUCCUCAUGGAACAACGUAGGGACGGCGUGCAACGGUCUCUGGGCCGACGCCUAUGUCUGCGUAUCUAUCGUUGGCCAUACCCCAACACCCACCAACCCGGGCAAUGGAAUUGCCACGCCGUCACCUACUCAGCCUGGCAUGGUCUCAAACUGCGACGCCUUCUACAAGGUUGUUACAGGUGAUAGCUGUGACAAUAUCGCCUCAAAGAACGGCAUUACUGUUGCCCAGCUCUCAUCGUGGAACAAUGUCGGGACGGGUUGCAGCGGCCUCUGGGCGAACGCCUAUGUCUGUGUAUCGAUCAUCGGCCACACGCCGACACCUACCAACCCAGGCAAUGGGAUUGCCACGCCGUCACCUACCCAGCCCGGCAUGGUCUCCAACUGCGACGCCUUCUACAGAAUCGUCACCGGCGACAGCUGCGACAGCAUCGCUUCCAAAAACGGUAUCAGCGUUGCCCAACUGGCGUCCUGGAACAGCGUUGGUGGUACGGCCUGCAACGGCCUAUGGGCCAACACCUACAUCUGCGUCUCCAUCAUCGGACACACCCCGACGCCCACCAACCCAGGAAAUGGCAUCUCAACCCCGAGCCCCAUACAGGACGGCAUGACUAGAAACUGCAAGACCUUCCACAGGGUUGUUGCAGGUGACUCGUGCGCGACCAUUGCCAGCCAGUACCGCAUCACCACCGCCCAGUUUAUCAGUUGGAACCCCGCGGCCCGGUCCGACUGCACUGGGCUGUGGGCGAACACGUAUGCUUGCGUUGCUGUUCUAUAAAGGGU